UUAAAAAAAUAUAUAAAUAGACUGAGUCAAUCAGGUUCAAAACUGGCCCGUGAGACUUGGAUUCGAUCGAGAUCGGAGUAGAGAGCGCGCAGGGCCCUAAUCGGGGACGGACAUGGCGAUACUCUACGCCGUCGUCGCUCGUGGCACCGUCGUGCUGGCCGAGUUUAGCGCCGUCACCGGAAACACAGGCGCCGUGGCUCGCCGGAUCUUAGAGAAGCUCCCGCCGGACGCCGAUUCCAGGGUUUGCUUCUCCCAGGAUCGGUACAUCUUCCACAUACUCACCUUGGAUGGCCUCAUCUUUCUCUGCAUGGCCAACGACACUUUCGGCAGGAGGAUACCGUUUGCGUAUUUGGAGGAUGUGCACAUGAGAUUCAUGAAGAAUUACGGCAGAGUUGCGCCUUAUGCUCCUGCUUAUGCGAUGAACGACGAGUUUUCGAGAGUGCUGCACCAGCAAAUGGAGUUUUUCUCCAGCAAUCCCAGUGCUGAUACUCUCAACCGUGUGAGAGGCGAAGUUGGUGAGAUACGAACUAUAAUGGUCGACAACAUAGAAAAGAUUUUGGAGAGAGGCGACCGAAUUGAACUCCUUGUUGACAAAACUGCAACUAUGCAAGACAGUGCAUUUCACUUCAAGAAACAGUCAAAGCGCCUUCGUCAAGCUCUGUGGAUGAAAAAUGCCAAACUCUUGGCCCUGUUGACAUGUUUGAUUGUUGUGUUCCUGUACAUUAUCAUUGCUGCUUGUUGUGGAGGAAUCACGUUACCGUCCUGCAGAUCUUGAUUAAUUCCCGUAUUUGUGUAUGUAACAAAAACUGUUAAGACAAUCUCCAUCAUUCUAUAUUCAAAAGGAAAUCAGUGCUUAACGGGUUCACUUUUUUUUGUUUUUUGUUUUAGUUGUAUAUGAAAGUAAUUUAUUUGUAGCUUGUAAUAUUUUCUUUGCAACUUAACUUGGAAUGUCGGGUUCCUCAAAAAGUCUGUGACGUUGUUUUUCCAGUGUCGCAUUAUAAUAUCAUCUCGGUAUUUUAUGAACACCGGGACAUGGAUG